AUGUGUGUGUUGUGUUCAGAUCUUCAGGUGGAGGCUCCUGAGAGAGUGACGGAGGGUCAUAAUGUCAGUCUGACAUGUAAAAGCAGCUGCACUCUGACUGACAGAGCAACAUUCAUCUGGUACAGAAACUCACAGCCAUUAACUGAGAGAAGAGACAGAAACAAUCAACUCCUGCUGCAGUCAGUCAGAAGAGAGGAUGCAGGCAGAUACAGCUGUGCUCUACAUGGACACACUUACAUCUCUCCUGCUGCUCAGCUCAAUGUCUCCUACCCUCCUAAAAACGUCUCAGUGUCUAUAAGUGGAUCUGGUGUAAUAGUGGAGGGAGAUUCAGUGACUCUGAUCUGCAGCAGUGAUUCAAACCCUCCUGCUCUGAACUUCAGCUGGUUUAAGGAGACUCAAAGCUCAUCUGUUGGAUCUGGACAGAGUUUCAGUGCACUACAGAGUGGACGCUUCUACUGUGAGGCUCACAAUCAACAUGGAUCUCAGAGAUCAGACGCUGUUACUGUCACUGUACAUGGAAGGACGUUUCUGUAUGCAGUUGCUGGGGUCACUGGUGGACUAGGAGGUUUCAUUUUCAUUUUCAUCAUUGUGUGGCUCAUGAAGAAAAAACACAGACCUGAUCACAUCACACAAAAGCAGGAUGAUCUUUAUGUCAACAUAUCAGCUCAUGAUGGACCUCUGUCUGAAUCUGAUCCUGCAAAUCAAAACGAUGUCCUCUAUUCUUUAAUUACUCUCAGCAAUAUCAGCAGCAAUCAAACUGAAGAAAAAGUUUCUGAUUCCGAAGAUACAGAAGAAAUCCAGUAUGUAACUGUCCUGUAUCAUAGAAACAAAGGGAUGAACCAACUGGAAGAGAAUGAAAGCCAGUAUGACAACAUUAGAAAAUACCAGUCUAAUGCUGCCAUGAGAUCUGGUCAGAAGGUGGAGGAUCAGUCAGUGAUUUACAGCACAGUCAAAUGAUCAACAGAUCAGUUUGGUGAAAUUUUUGUUCCUGGGAAAACUGAUUUCCAUGUUGACAUCGCCCUCAUAUGUAGUGGAACUGUGGUACUGCUAUUCUGAUGCUGGAAUUGAAUUUCCUCUUUUUAGCUUUGCUUAAGAGCUGGAUUAUGGCAUGUUGUUGCAAAGAGCAUUUUCUCUCACCAGUCCUUUGAUCCAAAUGUUACUGAAAUCCUAAAUUCUUCAUCCAGUUUGUAUGAAAUUAAGAGACCCUUCUGAUAAAAUGUUGGUAAAUGCAGAUUAGAUUUUGGCAAUAUAAUGACUGAAUAUGUU